CUUAUUCCUUUUUUUUUUUAUUAUGGAAUUAACAAUGGAUCAUUUAAAUAUAAUCAUUACAAAAAUACAGUCUCGAAUACUUGAAUCAAAGUCAAGAAACACUAUCCUCUCUAUUGGUACUGCUGUUUCCUUGGUGAUUCUCUAUUCUGCUUACGACAAAAUAGCCAAACCACCAAAAAAUCUACGUCAUAUCCGUCAUGUCAACUUUCUCAGUUACCUUUUGCGCAUGGUUCAAAAGAAGCCAUUGGGUCAAAUCUCUCGAGAACUCACUGUGCCAUUGUUGGAUCCCAAAACUGGUGAAAUGUAUUUGAAGAGGGACCGAUUAGGCUGGACUGUCAACAUUGCUAAUCCAGAAGCUGCAAAAACUUUCUUCUUGAAAACAGAUCUAUACCCGAAAGCAAGUUUCACACAUCAAUCUGGUACACUUUUCCAUGAUUUUCUUGGUGAUGGAAAUAUUCUUUUUGCGAACAGCAAAACCGAAUGGAUGAAGCAUAGAAAGUUGGCCAAUCCUGCUUUCCAUCGUUCAAUGCCUGUCAAGUUGUUCGCUCAACUAUCUCACAAAGUGUUUAAGGUGAUCGAUGAAAAAAUUGAACAGCCUAUUCUUAUCACUGAUAUGAUGGAACGUUUCACUUUGGAUGCGAUCGGUUUAGCUGGCUUUGAUUUUGACUUCAAUUCUAUACUUGAUCGAAACAGUGAAUGGGUCGACAACUAUGCCCAGAUAAAGUAUGGUCUCAGUCAACCUGUUUUCUUCCUCUUCCCUUGGCUUGAAAAGAACUUUUUAUGGUUAUUUCCUGGUCGACGAGAACAACAUAAACAAAUGCAGAAAUAUCAUAAAAUGUUGGAAGGAAUCAUCACAAAGAAACGACUCACCUUGAAACGACAAUAUCAACAGAAUAAUGGACAAGGAUUGGAUGAUGAUGCUGAAAAGGACUUGUUGACUUUGAUGUUGGAAAGCGAACUUUCUGGUGAAGGCAUUCUCACAGACGAAGAACUUAAAAGUGAUCUGAAUGUGUUUUUCUUAGCUGGACAUGACACAACAGCAAAUGCAUUAUCUUUCGCCAUCCAUGCUUUGGCUCGUGAUCCUGCUUUACAACAACGUGCAAGAGACGAAGCCAUUGCUGUACUUGGUGAUGCCCCUGAAGACGUUUACCCGACUUUGGAUGAUAUCAAGAAAUUCGACUUUAUCAGUCAAAUCAUGAAAGAAAAUUUACGUCUUCAUGGACCAGCAACUGGUGGUUUGCCUCGUAGGGUGGCUGAAGAUACAGAAUUAGGUGGACAUUUUUUACCCAAAGGAACACCUGUGGUGGUCAACAUUUACGAUACCCAUCAUAAUCCUCAUGUUUGGAAGGAUCCUGAACGUUUCGAUGCUGAUCGGUUUGCACCUGGUGGAGAAGCUGAACAACAUGUACGUGGUGGUAUGGCUUGGAUUCCUUUCUACUCUGGUCAACGCAUGUGCAUUGGAAUGAACUUUAGUAUCAAUGAACAAAAAGUCAUGCUUCCUAAUUUAUUGAGAAAAUAUGAAUGGUGGUUGCCUGAAGACUCGAUUCACAAGGAAAACGUGAUUACUGGAACUGUUGGUAUCUUGUCUCCCAAAGACCUCAAGAUUGUAUUCAAAAGAAGAUAUUAGUGGUUUUUUUUUUAUAUUGAUAUAUCAUGUCUAGUUUAGUUGUUACAUAUAUAAUAAAGAUCAUACUUUUUGAUUGAUAA